AUGUCUUAUUCAAAAUUCCUCUUCCUCUUCUUCUUUCUCGUAUCCGUAACUUUACCCCACGUUUCCGUCACCGUGGCCCAAACCCGAACCACAAACGUCGGAGUGAUCAUCGACGAACGUUUCCGAGCAGGGAAAGAACAAAAAACCGCCAUCAAAAUCGCUGUCCAAAAGCUUAAUUCGGGGUCCAAGGACCACAAGUUGGCUGUUUAUUUCAAGAAUUCUAGUGGAGACCCUCUUCAAGUUGCUGCUUCAGCGAACGAGUUGAUUAACACGCAAAAUGUACGGGUGAUAAUCGGGACGGAUUCAUGGGAGGAAGCUUCGAUAUUAGCGAAAAUCGGAGAACGAGCUCGAAUUCCGGUUAUUUCUUGGACCGCUGCUAGCUUACAACCUCUGUCGCGUCUUCAAUGGCCGUUCUUGGUGCAAAUGACGGAUCUAGACAUGUCGGACGAAAUAAAAUGUAUCACGACUAUCGUACAAUCGUAUAAUUGGAAAAGGGUUAUCGUUAUUUAUGAAGACAACGUUUACGGUGGCGAAUAUCGGGCUUUAUCGUUAUUAUCUGAGUCGCUUGAAAUGGUUAAUUCUGGAAUCGAACACCGUUUAGUUGUUCCGCAUUUCACUUCACCUUUUGAUCCGAAAGAGACGAUUCGUGAUAGACUUGUGAACAUCUUGAAGGAAAAACAAUCACGGGUUUUUAUCGUGUUGAGGUCGUCUUUACCGACAACAAUCCGGGUAUUUGAAGAAGCUAAUAAGCUCGGACUUAUCGGGAGAGACUCGGUCUGGAUUCUCGGAGAUACAUUUUCUAGUUUUCUUGAUUCUAUUGACCCAUCGGCUUUUCGACUCGUGCAAGGUGCUCUAGGCUUGAAGACGUACUAUUCCGACAACAACACACGAUUUCUAGACUUCAAAUCUAACUUCAAGACGGUUUUCAGAUCGAAUUAUCCCGAGGAAGAUAAAUUCGAGCCAGGAAUCCAUGCUAUACGUGCAUAUGAUAGCGUAGAGAUGAUCUCACAAGCAUUAGAUCGUUUAAGAAAUCUCGAUGACACCAACCAUGAUUUCCCAGAAAAGUUGCUGGAUACUAUUCUAUCUAGCAACUUUUCUGGUUUGACUAGUACGAUAGCUUUCCAGAAUGGAAAGCUAUCAGGACCUCGGGUUUUUCGACUAGUGAAUAUCAUCGGAAAAAGUUACCAAGAGCUCGGAUUCUUAUCACCAGAGUCGGGUUUUUCAAACAAUCUCGGAUCGGUAGGUCACCAUGGCCUUAUAAGACAGUUAACCGUACACUGGCCAGGGGAUCUCGUAACCAGAACUCCGAAAGGAUGGGCGAUGCCUAACGAUAAUAAUAAAAUGACGAUCGGGGUACCGAAUGGAACGUCGUUCGAUAGGUUCGUGAAAGUGGAAUGGAUCCAAAGUUCGAACGAGACCAGAUACUCCGGUCUUUGUAUCGACGUUUUCGAGUUGGUAGUCGCCACUUUGGAAGUGGAAUACGGUUACACGUUAUCAUACGAGUUCGUCAACCAUACGGGCUCCUACAACGAUAUGGUGGAUAAAGUCUAUUAUAAGAAUUACGACGCGGUCGUUGGUGACGUCACGAUAUUGGCUAACCGGUCGAAGUACGUGGAGUUCACGCAGCCGUUUACAGAGUCGGGGUUGUCGAUGGUGGUGCCGGUGAAAUCGGAACCGUAUAUGGCAUGGAAGUUUAUGAGACCAUUCACAGUUGAGAUGUGGUUAGCCACAUUUGGCAUAUUGUUCUACACUAUGUUUGUGGUUUGGUUCAUGGAACAUCAAGUGAACCAAGAGUUUAGAGGUCCAUGGAAAGAACAACUUGGAACUGCUUUAUGGUUCACUUUCAAUUCACUUUUCUUCUCUCAUAGAGAGAAGAUACAAAGCAAUCAUAGUAAGGUGGUCGUGAUGAUAUGGCUAUUCGUCGUGUUCAUCUUAACGUCCAGCUACACGGCUAGCCUCACUUCGAUGCUCACGGUUCGUGUACUCGAGCCGACUGUACGAGAUAUAGAGUGGCUACGGAAAAACAACGCAUCUGUGGGAUGCGAUCCCGAUUCGUUCGUGAGCGAGUACUUAAUGGAUGUUCUGAACCUGAAAAACAUCAUGAAUGUAUCGACGCAAGAUCAAUAUCCGGAAUACUUUAAAAACGGAAGCAUAUCUGCAGCCUUUCUCGAGCUCCCAUAUCAAAAAUACUUUCUCGAAGAGUAUUGCAACAAGUACACAGCAGUCGCCCCUUCGUACAAAUUCGGAGGUCUAGGCUUCGUUUUCCCGAAAGAUUCUCCGAUAACUGAUGAUGUCUCGGAAGCUAUUUUAAUGCUCUUGCAAGACGGACAGAUCCGCGAGCUCGAAAACAAAUGGCUUAAUACCUCGCAGAACAGCUCGAGAUGCAUUCCAAAGGUGGAAUCACAACGACUGAGCCUAGCAAACUUCUGGGGAAUAUUCCUCAUUUCGGGCCUCACUUCGACAUUAAGCCUUGUAAUUUUUCUCUAUCGGUUGCUUCAUAAUCAAAUCGAGCAACGCAUUAUUAGCUUCAAUGGCUCUCAUUGGGGAAACGAAAACCGUUGGAGGAAGGCACUCAGACUUAUUCAGAUCGUCCUUUACUUGAACCCAAAUCGAAUCCAACCACCAGAAAGUUCGAACUCUGUGGAGGUUUGGAAUCACCGUAAUCCGCCGAGAUGGGAGUUGGUGAGUCCGACGGAGGUCCCCGAGCAUUUGGAAAUCGGUAGACCUACUCAACUCGAAAUUCCCAUGAGAAAAAUGGAUCAUACUGGCUAAGAUUUGCAAUAGGAAUGACGGUAGAAUUUAAAACAAAUAUAACCAAACCAACCCUGUAUAUCCCGUAUGUAUAUUUUUUUAAACAAAUAUAUCUUGUAUGUAUAUUCUUUUAACAAAUGGAUUA